CCUUGUAAUAUCAGAGAUACAGAAUUAAAGCCUGAAAAUAUUAUUUUUCUCGACCGGCAAUAUUCAUAACUUUCUCCAUUCGGGAUUAAGAAGGCCAUGAAUUUCGAAUUGGAGCGAGAGAUUGGUUUUAUUAACAGCCAGCCUUCGCUCGCCGAGUGCUUGACGUCCGUCCCUGCUGUCGCUGAUACAUUUCAAAGUUCAUCAAUCAAGAACUCGACGCUUUCACACUCGACACUAAUUCCUCCUCCUUUUGAGCAGACCAUCCCGAGCCUGAAUCCCAGCAGCAACCAGCCGCGGCCAAGUCGCGAAAAGCGGCCUCCAAAUGGCUCGUUCCCAUCUGCUGCCGCGGCCGAGUUCCCGUGGAUGAAAGAGAAAAAGUCGUCGAAAAAAAACGAGACACCUUUGUCAUUAUCAGCUCCGGUCCCUGGGUCCUCUCAAGCAGCGGAGUCUCCGACAGAAGGCCAGGGUGAACAGGAUAACAGCAGCAGCUCCCGCAGAUUAAGGACAGCCUACACAAACACGCAGCUCUUGGAACUAGAGAAAGAGUUUCACUUCAACAAAUACCUGUGCAGGCCACGCAGAGUGGAAAUCGCGGCCCUACUCGACCUGACUGAGAGGCAAGUUAAAGUCUGGUUCCAGAACCGACGCAUGAAGCAUAAGAGGCAAGCACAGUAUAAAGAAAACCAAGACGGUGAAGCUAGUUUCCCUAACAGCUCGCUUCCAGAGGACAAAGCCGAGGAGUCAUCGCCUUACAGCCAACCUGUCGAAGCAUCAGGAACUUAUUUAGAAAAUAAAAACUGCGCCGAGCAAGCAAAAAAGCAAAGCCAAAACACACUUAGCAAAGAACUCCAGAACCUGCAGGAUCUGACUGUGUGCGGCAGCGAUGGAAAAGCCAAGAGUCCCUUUUAUGUGACGGCCAGUGUUGAAAACGGGUUUACAGCAGGUCAAAAUUGUAGCUCUGGUCUGGACACUCUCAGUUCGGAGGCCCUGGAUUUGGUUUCCCUGCCAGAUUUAAACAUGUUUUCUUCGGAUUCCUAUCUGCCGUUCUCCGAUGGAUUAUCUCCCAGCUUGCAGGAUUCCAUCGACAGCCCUGUGGAUAUCCCCGAGGACAGUUUUGAUUUUUUCACCAGCGCUCUCUGCACAAUAGACUUGCAGCACCUUAAUUAUCAGUAGCAAUUCGCAAGACAUAAGGCCCGUGUAGAAAUGCAACCAUGUUUAAAAAUAUGUUCAUUAUUUCCUAUUUUAAAUUACAAUAAUGUGGGAUAUUAAAGAAAGGUCUGUGUGAUAUAGGAUUGAUCUCACAGUAAAUAAUUUAUCCUUCAGCCUUGACCUGGAGUCUACAAGAAUUACAGUCUUUAUUGCACAGGUAUUUAAUUAAAUACGGUUUUGUUCAGUUGCAUUUUCCUAAAUUCGUCAAGACGUGAAAAAAUGUAGAUUCCCCCUUUUCACUAACUCAGGAAAACAUAUAUCGGAAUUGUAUUUAUAGCAAAGCUGUUUUAUCUUAUAGCUCCCAAAAGGACAACUGUGACGAGUUAUUUUAUGUUUUAGAGGUAGCCUAUUUAUUAUAAAUUCUGAAAUAGUGAAUUUUAAAUUAUUUAUUGUACAUUAUUUUCAUAGUUUAAAUAAAACGACUUAAUUCUUUAA